UACCGUUGCUCUAACUCGUCUGAACUCGCUAAACAGCAGCCAGCAAACAUGUCGUUCCGCACGGGUCUGCGGGUCACAAAUCUGCUUAAAAGCUCAUCGAAGAGACCAGCGGGGACCGUUGGCGCUUCUUUGACACGAAAAAUUCAGUCUUCGUCGUCACCUAGAGCUUCCGUGUCGCCAUUCACCGAGCCUACGUCUCCAAAUCCUACAGCUACCAAGUAUGCUGAGACAACUGAAUCAUUACAUACAUACGGAUCAUACCUCAUGCAGUGUCUCCCCAAAUUCGUCCAGCAGUUCUCCGUAUUAAAGGACGAGCUCACUCUGCACAUCUCCCCGUCUGGCGUCAUCCCAGUCUUGACUUUCCUUCGAGAUCAUUCGCAAUGUCAGUUCAAGAGCGUCGUGGAUAUCACCGCCGUCGACUUCCCAGAACGAGAGAAACGCUUCGAGGUGGUCUACAACAUGUUGAGCAUCAAGCAUGCGGGAAGGAUUCGUGUCAAAACGUAUGCUGGCGAAGCGGACCCUGUGCCUAGCAGCGUUUCUGUCUUCAGUGGAGCAGAUUGGUACGAACGGGAGACAUGGGAUAUGUUUGGCGUCUUCUUCACUGGCCACCCUGACCUGCGUCGGAUACUGACAGACUAUGGCUUCGAUGGCCAUCCCCUCCGAAAGGACUUUCCCUUGUCGGGCUACACAGAAGUCCGCUACGACGAAGAGAGGAAACGCGUCGUUUACGAGCCUCUGCAAUUGACGCAGGCUUUCCGCAACUUCGAAUCACUGUCACCCUGGGAACAAGUUGGGCAAGGGACAGAGCCCGUCAGGCCCGCAGAGCUCAAGCCUGUUCCUCCACCUCAACCCGAGCAGCCUCCAAAGAAGUAGAUGAUACUACGUUAUUGAUUGAUAUACAUAUAUAAACA